AUGUAAAAAAAGAAUUAAGGAUCCUAAAAUCCAUCUAUAGAAAAAAGAAUCAACAAAAGUGGUAAGCCAAAAGGAAUGAAUUCUUCAAAGCCUUUAGAUAAAACUCAUGCUUGGAGUUCAGAUUAAUAAAGUACACAAGUUAUUCAAACUCUUUCUCGUUUUGGAAGAUUUAUUUGUUUUUAACAAACAGGCACAAAAAAACCUAAAUAAGAAUAGAAUGUUUAAAAUCACUACAAAUAAAAAUAAAACAAUUAAGAUAUUCCUGGAAUAUUUCUUAACAAUCAUUAAAUAUAAUUAGCAAAACAAAUAGGUUUAUAUUGUGAAAUUAUUGAAAAAUCAAAGAAAAAUUGUGUUGUUUUCUUUUUUGGAUUUACUUAUCCUGAAUUCUAAAUUAUUAAUGGUGAGCCUGUACUUUUAAAUAAAUUUGAUAAAUAUAUGAAUUAUCCUCCUUUAUAAAAAAUAGCACCAAUGUUAACUUAGAAAUUUUUAGAUGAAUAUUCAUUAUAUUUAGAUUUUCAGCUAAAUGGAAGAAAUCUAUCUGAAUUGUAUUCUAAACCUGAAAAUUUUAAUUUGAAAGAUGCUGAAACCUUAUUAUAAUGUUUAUUUACAAAAUAUAUGAUUGAACUCAAAGAACUUAUAGAUUUCGAUGAAAAAAGAAAUUUUUAAUAAUCAAUAGAAAAUUAUUAUCAAAAAUUUUAUAAUCUACCAGAAACUAAAAAAGAAUAUGAAGAUUGUGUCAUUGAGUUGUUAGCAUGUAUGCAAGUAGAUCAAGAAUUUGAUUAAUAAUACGUAUAUGAAUGA